UUUUGAAGAUACAGAAAUGUGUUCUUAAAGUGAACAUACACUGUGAUGGGUGCAAGCAAAAAGUCAAGAAAAUCCUCCAGAAGAUUGAUGGGGUGUUUACGACUGAGAUAGAUUCAGAGCAAGGGAAGGUCACGGUUUCAGGGAACGUGGAUCCAAACGUUCUCAUCAAGAAGCUUGCAAAAUCAGGCAAACAUGCAGAGCUUUGGGGUGCUCCUAAACCCAACAACAACAACAACAACAACCAUAAUAAUCAGAACCACCUUGCUAACCAGAUGAAGAACAUGCAAAUUGAGCACAAUGGCAAAGGUGGUGGUGGCGGCGGCGGCGGUGGCGGUGGUAACAACAAGGGUCAGAAGGCUGGGAAUAACCAACCCAAAGGUGGUGGUGGUGGGCAGAAUCCACAGCAACAGCUGCAGCAGCAGUUGCAGCAGCUUCAGCAGAUGAAAGGGUUUCAAGAUCUGAAGCUUCCUCAAUUCAAGGACAUGCAAAUGAUGGCCCCAAAUCAGAACCCCAAGAACAACAACAACAACAACAACAACAUGAAGCAAGUGAAGUUCAGUUUGCCUCCUGAGGAGGAUGAUUUGUCUGAUGACGAGUUGGAUGAGUUUGAUGAUGAUGAUGACUUUGAUGACGAAUUUGAUGAUGAGAUGGAUGAUCCUCACCACCCAUUGAACAAGAUGAAGCUCCCUAUGGGAAAUGGUGCUACUCAUAAUAUGAUGUUGAAUGGCAUCAUGAAUGCUCAGAAGGGUGGUGGCGGCGGCGGCGGAAAUGGAGGAGGCAACGGCAAGAAAGGCGGCGGUGGCGGUGGCGGUGGCGGUGGUGGAGGUUUGCCGGGGAGGGGUGGUGAGUGGAGGGUGUUGCCGGUGGGGCUAAGAACAGUUUGGGCAGGCAGGGGAUUUUUAGUUCCUACAACAACUUCUAGUGACAUGUGGCACCUGCAUUUGACAACUCAGCCUCCACCUGACACGUCAUCCAGACAACCUGUUGGCAACUGGUCACAGGGGUCGAUACGUUCACUAAUGUUGAUGGUUGAGGACAAAAACAAUGGUGGCAAGAAUGGAGGUCCUAUGCAAAAUGGAAACAAUGGAGGUGGAAACAAGAAUGGUAACAAUGGGCACCACGGCGGCGGUGGUGGCGGCAAUCCAAACAAUGGCAAUGGGGGCAAAAAGGGUAAUUCAAUGAUGGGUGAAGGUGGUAAUGGUGGUGGUGGUGGUGGUGGUGGUGGUACAACCAACAAUACAUGGCUGCAAUGA